AUGAAUAUUGUAACAGAGAAGUUCAAACGAAUAGCGGGUCUUGAUAAUGUUCUUGGUGCUAUUGACGGUUCAUAUAUUGAAAUUCCAACACCAUCUAUAGAUGCUCAUUGUUAUCUGACAAGAAAGUGUAGAUAUGCCGUUAUACUUCAAGCUGUAUGUGAUGUAGAUAUGCGUUUCAUUGACUGUUAUGCCGGAUAUCCUGGUUCUGUCGGGGAUCUUAGAGUUUUCCGCAAUUCUGAUCUUUGGAAUUGUGUCAACAGAAAUCUUCAAUAUUUUUUUCCUAAUCAAGAAUUCAUAAUAGGAAACAAAGCAUAUCCUGUACUUGGAUGGUGUUUGACCGCUUAUAAGGAUAAUGGUCAUUUGACAGAGGUUGAGAUCAAUUUUAAUUUUAUUUUAUCACAGACUAGACAAAUAAUAGAACAUGAUAUUGAUGAUGAAGUUGAGAAUUAUAUAAUAGAAAACGAACAGAAUCGAGAAGAUAAUCAGGAAUGUGCACAAAUUGAAAAUGAUGAUGAUAAUGAUGAAGAAGGUACAGCCAAGCCUAAUUAUCUUGCAACAAUUUUAUUUCAAAGUAGAUAA